GGCGCCUAAGUGGGACAUUCGACAACCGAUUUCCAUCUCACCACCAUGCUGCAGCUCAAAUCGCUCGCUUUUUGGUCACUCGCGGUCCUGUUGCUGGCGCAGGUGCACGCCCGCUUUUCUCCACUGGCGCCCAAAGUGCGGCACAACCUGCGGCCCAUGUUCAACUCGGAGGCGGAAAUCCCUGCUUGGGUUCUGAUGCACUACAACGUUAGCGAGAUCAGCGAAUUCAUCGCCAUCAAAAAUGCCACUGGCGUCAGCAAAGACGACAAAGGAGUCAUAUCUUCCCUGUGGAGCUGGAUCUUCAGCGGCGGAUCCGGAAGCAGCAGCUCAACCGGAGGAACCAGCGGCGGCAGCAGCAGUGAAGUUUCCGUGGAAGACGCCGAAUCGGCCGGAACACCAGUUAACUUUCCCACGUGUGAUUGCAAAUGCGGAGUAGCCAACUCUAGGUUGAGGAUCGUGGGUGGGCAGGAAACAAGAGUCAACCAAUAUCCAUGGAUGGCUAUGCUUUCUUAUGACGGCAGAUUUUACUGUGGCGGAACUUUGAUCAACAAGAAGUACAUUCUCACCGCUGCCCAUUGCGUUAAAGGCUUUACUGCAAAUCGCAUGAAAAUCAGGCUACUGGAGCACAACCGCGAUUCGUCCUCUGAAACCAGCAUAGUCGAUCGCAGCGUCGCCAAAAUUAUCCACCACAACAAAUACAACCCAAGCACCUUUAACAAUGACAUUGCUCUGCUGAGGAUGGACAAGGAGGUGCCAAUAAAGGGCAACCUUUUGCCUGCCUGCAUGCCUACGCCAGGAAAGAGAUUCACAAAUGAAGACGCGUUGGUCACCGGAUGGGGAAAAACUGCCGAGAACAGACCAGUCUCUACCGUUCUGAGGGAAGUCACCGUGCCAAUUAUGUCCAACUCGAAAUGCCAGUCUUAUUACGGUACAAGCCAAAUCACAGACAACAUGCUCUGUGCGGGGUUCAAAGAGGGAGGACGAGACUCUUGCCAGGGGGACAGUGGCGGCCCUCUCAUUGUGAAGAAUGAAUCACACUACCAAAUUGCUGGAGUUGUGUCUUGGGGCGAAGGUUGUGCCAGGCCUAACAACCCUGGAGUGUACGCCAGAGUGAACAGAUACCUCACAUGGAUAAAAAGCAACACGCCUGAUGCUUGUUUUUGUAAAUCGUAAAGGCUGGAAAAUCUCUCAUUCCAAUAAUUUAUUUAUCAUAUAUCAUGAUAUUAUCUUGAUCAUUCCUAUUUUGUUUUGCUAUGGGAAAAGUCGUUGUGUUCCUCAGUGCAUAUCAAUCUAUAAGUUUUUUUGUAAAAUUAUUUAUAUGAAGUUUUCUAAUAAAUAUUUUA